CGCCGCCCUCCGCGACGCCGAGCCCGCAGCCCACCCGACGCAACGACCCACGCCGCCGCCGGCGCACGCCCGUUCUCCAACUCCGGCCACCUGACCACCCACGCACAGCACAGAACUACCUGCCGGCGUCGCGUACAGCUCACCUCCGGCGCCGAGUCCACAGCCGCACAGAAGCAGAACCCACGCCACGAGAAGACCAUGUGGCGCCGCGGAGCCGGAUUGCUCCGUCUCCACCUCGCCGCCGCCACCGGCCGUCGCGCACGGCGACCCUUGGCGCCCCUAGUACCUGCCGCCCCAUCUCCCUCGACCGCCUCUUCCUCCUGCCGCCAAAUUCUUGGAAUCUUCCGGGGUUCCAUUGGGGCGCCCUCUGGCUCUCGGUGCCUGUCGAACCAGGCGGGCGGAGGAGGGGGCGGCGGCGCGUGCUGGAGCUGCGGCGCGACGGGAGCGUUCCUGUCGUGCGGGUCCUGUGGGAGCGUGCAGCCCGUCGACCCCGCCGUCGACUACUUCCAAAUCUUUGGCCUAGAAAGAGAAUACAACAUAAAAGAUAAUAACUUGGAACGGAGGUACAAGGAGUGGCAGAAGAAGUUACAUCCUGACCUGGUUCAUUCCAAAUCUGAGAAAGAGAGAGGCUAUGCCGCGGAGCAAUCAGCACUUGUGAUUGAUGCGUACCGCACACUUAGCAACCCUUUAUCAAGGGCAUUAUACUUGUUAAAACUUGAGGGAGUACAUGUUGAUGAAGAAAAAACUAUCAAUGACCCAGAACUUCUUAUGGAGAUGAUGGAGAUACGUGAAGCUGUCAAUGAUGUCAGUGAUUCUCAAACCCUGGAGAAGAUCCAAUCUCAGGUUAAGAAAAAGCUCGAAACCUGGUCUGGUUCCUUCCAGGAAGCAUUUGACCAAAAGGAUUUUGACCGUGCUAUAGAAGCUACACAGAGGAUGAGGUACUAUGAACGUGCAGUGGAAGAAACAGUGAAGAAGCUCUGAUCUCCAAUUACAAUUGUCAAAGAGGGGAGGCUUGGAAAUUUUCCUUACAUUCUUUUCACCUCCACUCUCAGAAGAGCAUAUAUUGUGAUACUGGCUCAUGGGAAAUUUGGUACAGAGUAGAAUGUCAUUUCACUCGUAACUCCCACAAUUCCAAAUGCAUGAAUGCAUCCAUGGUUGUCCACAGAGAUUAAAGAGGAGAAGAGAUUUAGAAUAACUCUUUCUUGCCAGAAGUUUAUAGAGUUACUGGCAAGACAUGGCAUUUAUAGAUGUGUUUUUUUUUUCGUUUUUGACAUUUGGUCUUGCACAAAAACUUGAUGGAUCCUAUAAUCAUGGUCAGAAUACGGAAAAUGCUAAGCGCUGGACAACAUGCUAUCAACAAAGCAGAACUACAAAAAGUGCGUAAUUCCA